GAGUGCCGCAGGUGUACGCGUUCGUCGUCCGCUCCCUCUGUUUCGUUACGGAAAAUGGAUGUGGAGCGCUCGGCCGUUUUGUUGAAGUGCGUUUUGAACGCGGACCGCGUAGGUGUAGGGAAACCUUCCGUUUUCCAUCUGGGAGCCGUCGCCACUUUGGUUGUUGUGGCCGCCUGUCACAAAACUCUUUUGUAUCCGCUCUUCAGAUUGGUUUUUGGCACCUUAUAUCCUGCUUAUGCUUCUUACAAAGCUGUUCGCACGAAAAACGUCAAAGAAUACGUAAAAUGGAUGAUGUACUGGAUAGUUUUUGCUAUUUUCACAUGCAUUGAAACCUUCACUGACGUGUUUCUAAGUUGGUUUCCGUUCUACUAUGAGAUCAAAAUUAUGCUGGUUAUUUGGCUGUUAUCGCCUGCUACCAAAGGCUCCAGCUUCCUAUACAGGAAAUUCGUGCAUCCAUUGCUCAGCAGCAGAGAACAAGAAAUUGAUGAAUACAUUUCGAAGGCCAAAGAGCAAAGCUACAAACAAGUCUUGGAUCUGGGAUCAAAGGGAAUGACUGCUUUAAUGCAGACUGCAAUUAAGGGUGGUGGAGGAAUAGUAAACCACCUGCGUAAGAGCUACAGUCUGGGUGACUUGAGCGAUCCCGGUUUAACGGAAGGCCAAGACGAACGCGACGUUAUAAUUACGGAUCCAAGAUUGAGGCGAAGACGUGUCAGUCCUCACAGAUCGAGCUCUACCAGCUCAGCCCACAUCUAUUUUUCAGAAGUGGACGUCAGAGCGGAUAAGAUUACUCACGUUCAAUCCACCGAAGACAUCAGUUCGUCUGGAUAUUCAAGUGGAGAGGGACUGACGAAACUCCAAGCCAGAGAAGGUUUAACAAGAACCGGAUCUUUGACUAGAUCACGCACUGGAAGAACCACCAGGUCGACAGUUCCUAAGAAAACUACAGGCGUGGCUAGUGAUGAGAGCGAUGAGAACGAGGUGUUCGACACGAACAUAAUAUUCUUGAACGACAAGGUGAAGGCGAUCGAUCGCCUGACGGACGAGAAAUCGGAGUCAUCAAGUGAGGAGUUUGGGGAUGCGUUAGACACGAUGCACGGUAACCGACCAACAUUAACCGCACCCGAACUAACACGAGAUGCAUGCGAGAAGAGAGGCGGACGAUACAAUAAACGGGCGGCGCCGGUGCCGCCCAUCAAGGCGACGCUGGUCCUGACACCGGGAGUGGUGAAGAACGUUGGCGUCGACUCAUGUAAGGAGGUUUUCGUGCAAUCGCCAAAAACGAAACGUAGAUCGAGCAACUCGUCGGGUUCGUCGUCGAAACGAAAGAAUCGAUUUUCUAUGUUGCUCAAGUUGCCGAAAAAAAUUGGUCUUUGGCCAAGCCUGGCCGAUUCGAAACAUUCGAAAAGUGCCGGUGAUUUGCCGACCGUUGACUCGUCGUCAACUAGUAGAACUAGUCCGUGUGGCAGUCGUUUGUCAAUUAAAAGUCUGACGGAGUCUCCUUUGUCUCACAGAAGGCUCAAAAUCGUGCGGAAGCUCCUCGAUGAAGAUGACGAUUGAUACUAAUCUUACACUCCUAGAAAUCUUCUUUUUAUCAGGACACUACCAGUGCUACUUUGCCAAGAGCCAAGAAGACAACCAAAAAGAAAACAAUAUGAGGGUCAUUGUUUAGUAAAAAUGUGAUGUUACGAUUUAUUUAUUAGCCAAUUUAUUAUAUAAGACGCGUUUUCGUGUUCGAUUUUUAUAAUGUCUUUUAGACAGAGUGUUUUAUUUAUGUUGUAAAGCUCAAAUCUCAAUUAUGUUACCAUUGUAAUUAUCGAUGUAUGAGUUUUCAUGUGUUUUUUUUUAACUAUUUAAUUGUGAUAAUUUAUUAGGAAUAAAUGGACUAUUACUAUUGGC